UUCCGUCUUCUGUAACCACGGUCAUGUUUAAAAAAGGGUAUUUAUCUACAUCAUCCCAUCUCCAUAUGGACCAAUGCUAACCGCCAUCUGUAGAUUCACCGGCUCGUCAAAAACCAACCUCAAGUCCUCCGUCCAGCGUUCCCUGCGGGCAAAGCUGGUUGAACAAUUCCCCCUCCUAGCACCUCACAUCGACGAAAUCCUCCCUAAGAAGUCGCAACUCUCGCUCCUCAAAGCGCCCGAACGCCUCUCUCUCUACGCUCUCGGCAAUGAAGUUCUCUUCUUCCAGCACCACGACGAUGCGCUAUUCCCCUCACUACGCCUGGUGCAUAAAUUCCCCAACUGCUUUCCCACCGUGCAGGUCGAUCGCGGGGCCAUUCGCUUUGUGCUUGCGGGCGCGAUGCUGAUGUGUCCGGGUCUGACGUCGCCUGGGGCGAGGCUGCCGGCAGAGGGCGAGGGAUAUAAUGCUGGGAUGGUGGUUGCAGUCAAUGCGGAGGGGAAAGAGAAUGCGUGUAUGGUGGGAAUGUUGAAGAUGGGCACUGAUGAGAUUAAGAAGGUGAAUAAAGGGAUUGGAGUCGAGACAGUGCAUUAUUUAGGGGAUGGUCUAUGGAGGUUAGAUGCUGAUUAGAGGGAAUUUAUCACCCCAAGCGCUUUUUAAUUAUGGCGCUGUUAGGGGGGGAUCUCCAUUUCUCAAUGCCCUUUAAGGGUUGCUAGGAGAGAUAUUGAAGGCACUAUCUAACUUAUCAUGGGAACGAUCAAAACUCGUUUUUUAUAAGG